UACCCUAAAAACCUUGUUAUCUUAUUCUUUAUCUCGUAUGAACACCCAUUGACGAUACAAAAUUCUUCAUGAUUUGCUUCGAAAUUUUGCAAACAUUUUAGUUUAGUUUACAAGCAAAGUUCUCAGCAUAAAUCGAAAGUGUUGAAUUUAAUUGUUUAGUGGUAAUUCGUGUAUCGUCUUCUUUGGUUUAUGAUUAGAUUACAGAGUACAUUGUGCAAUAAUUUCCGUUCUGAAUCGAUCAAAUUCCGGAAAUUAUCUUAUUUUAGGUGAAGAUGAAGGUUUACCUGUCUACAUUUUGUUGAUUUUAGCAAAUUGGGCGUAUUGUAAUUAAUUCGUUCCUUUAUAUGUGCGGAUGGAUUUUAAUUCGAAUUGAAGUGGUAGGAGCUCGAAGAAGGAUUCGCGAAAAAUGGCACCUCUUAUUAUAUCUUUAGCUUUACCAUCGGAAACGGGUCGGGUUCUCAGUAUUCAGUCUCACACUGUUCAGGGUUAUGUUGGCAAUAAAUCAGCUGUCUUUCCACUCCAACUACUAGGUUAUGAUGUCGAUCCUAUUAUGUCAGUGCAAUUCUCAAAUCAUACAGGAUACCCAACUUUUAAGGGGCAAGUUCUAAAUGGAAAACAACUUUGGGAGUUGAUAGAAGGCCUAGAAGCCAAUAAUCUACUAUACUACACGCAUCUCUUGACAGGUUACAUUGGUUCAGUUUCUUUCUUGGAUAAUGUGUUGGAAGUAGUUAAAAAGCUUCGAUCCAUCAAUCCUACACUUACAUAUGUUUGUGAUCCAGUUAUGGGUGAUGAAGGAAAGUUGUAUGUCCCUCAGGAAUUGGUGUCUGUAUAUCGUGAAAAGGUUGUCCCUCUUGCUUCAAUGUUGACUCCCAAUCAGUUUGAAGCUGAACAAUUGACUGGAUUCAGAAUUGCAUCUGAGGAAGAUGGGCGAAAAGCAUGCAAACAUCUUCAUGCAGCUGGUCCAUCAAAGGUUGUGAUAACAAGCAUAUCCAUAGAUGGAAAUCUUCUUUUAAUAGGAAGUCAUCAGAAAGGAACGGGAGACUUGAUGACUGCAUUAUUACUUGGAUGGAGCAAUAAAUAUCCUGACAACCUUGAUAAAGCAGCAGAACUUGCUGUAUCAAGCUUACAGGAGAAUGGUCGAAAAGAAAUAUAAAAAACCUUGCAAGGAUUCUGAAUUGUUUCCAUGUUUCUUCGGGCCUCAAAGUUAACUUUGAUAAGUACAAGGUUUUUGGUAUAGGCGCUGAAUCGCAAGAAGUCUCCAGUUGGGCAGCAACCCUCGGUUGUAAACCAUCAUCUCUCCCUUUCACAUAUCUUGGGGUCCCAAUCGGAGCGAACAUGAAUCUUUCCAAGAACUGGAAACCGGUGAUCGAGAGAUUUCGUAAAAAACUUUCCAUCUGGAAAACUAAAAUGCUAUCAUUCGGUGGUAGACUAACAUUAAUUCAAUCGGUAUUGGGCAAUCUACCAAGCUAUUACCUCUCAAUAUUCGUUGCUCCAGAAGGGGUAGUAGAAAAGCUGGAAAAAAUUCGCAGAACUUUUUUAUGGGGAGGAUCAGAAGGAAAAAGAUGCAUUCAUUGGGUCUCUUGGGAUAAAGUGAUUGCUUCUAAAGAAGAUGGUGGUCUCGGGGUCAGUAACAUUAAUUCACUAAAUAUUUCUCUCAUUAUGAAGUGGUGGUGGAGAUUGAGGUCUGAACCUGCAGCCCUCUGGGCCAAUGCCAUAAUCAACAUGCAUAAUUUUAAAAACAAACCUGACCUCUGUUAUGCCAAUAAAUACAUAUCAGGCACAUGGAAAAACAUUGCAAGUAUUGGCAAGCAUCUUCAAAAAAAAGACAUCCCCAUUGAUUCGGUGAUAUCCAAAGAAUUUGCCCCCACGGGUGCGACAUGGAAGUGCCAUCUCACGGGUGACGGAACUUACUCGGUGAAUGUUCUUUGGAAAAAAUUGGAUUUUAACCCUAAUGUAAACAUGAUUGGACGUUUCACAUGGAUGAAGGAGGUUCCAAUUAAAGUUAAUUGCUUCAUAUGGAGGGAUAAAUUGGGCAAAAUACCUUCUGCUGUAGGUCUCUUGUCUAGAGGGGUAGCUUUGGAAAGUCCAAUAUGUAAACAAUGUGAGGAUGUCAGUGAAUGUUCAGACCAUGCCCUGAUUGGAUGCAAAUAUGCGAAAAUGGUUAUGCAAGGGGUCUUUCAAUGGUGUGGUGUUGCCAUGGACGAGUUCGGUACAGUAAACGACAUGAUCACAUUGGUAAAUUCACAUUUCGGAUGCUCAAAAAAAAGGAGAAUGUUCAUGGGAAUAUGUUACGGUAUGCUUUGGAGUAUAUGGAAAGCUAGAAAUGAAAGAGUCUUCAAAAAUAACCGGGUGUCCCCUUAUAAACAGGUAGACAUUAUCAAAUCUAUCAUUCACCUGUGGAUCAAAAAUAGGGGUAAAAAAGGCAACAUUGAUUGGUUAGCAUGGUGUAAUUGCCCAUUUUUCUGUUUGUAAACGGUUGCCUACACUUUGUAUUCCCAUCUUCCUCCUCUAGUCACUUGCUAGAGGUUUUUUUUUUUUUUUUUUUUUUUUUUUUUUUUUUAAUAUAUACAUUUUAUUUGCUGGUUCAAAAAAAAACAAUAUUCAUUAAUAUAUCAGGAAAUAUGUUAGGAGUCGCCUCGAAUAUUGAAAAAUAAAGGGUAGAGACGCUUAGGGUAGUGGAGUAGUAUAAGUGUUUAGUUAUUUUACUUUUAUUUGCAUUUUUGAGUAUUUAUCUACUAAUUCUCUCCUUUAUCGGUUCUAUUUCUAGUAUCAAAAAUAUUUUUACUACUUUUUGCAAGUUCUUAUUAGUUUAUUGGAUUCUAUGCUCUUAGGGUUACUUUCUUAUAUCAAAAGCAUUUAUUGUACAUUUGUACUUAACUAUCACUCUGAUCAUUAGCAUAUCAUAUAUUUAUUUGUGUAAAAAUGUUUACAUACUGGCUGUUUUGAGUAGAACAUUAGAGGAUUAUGAGAAAGCAGGGUAUGAUCCACAGUCAAGCAGCUUGGAGAUUAGAUUGAUUCAAAGUCAAGAAGAUAUUCGGAACCCAGAAAUUAAAUACAUUUCUCAAUUAUACGAUUAAAUGCUUAAAUAUGUAUGUACAAUUCUUUAUGUUAAUCGAACUUAGAAUUUUUAGACAA